UGCAUUGGAAAUAAGCACACAGAAACAAGUCUCUACAUAUGUGUGGAGUCCUUGUUGUUGUGGUGUGCCAGGAAAACAAAUUCGAUCAACAGUUCAUUGAUUAACAUAACCACUAGGUGAACUUUGUCUCUGUAGCUUUAGUGUUAUUAGUUGAUAAUUCAGAGAAAAGCUUCUAUCCUACUAUCUAUUUGGAUUCGCCACUUCAUCAACAUGAAGCUUUCCGUGUUCUGGUUUGCAUGGGCUUUUGCUCUUCUAGUUUCCAUGGCUUCUGCUGCUACAGUAGAACACACUUUCAUUGUUCAAAACAAGGCUGUCACACGCUUGUGCAAAGAGCGAGUGAUUGUCACAGUUAAUGGACUUUAUCCUGGACCAAGGAUAGAUGUCAGAGAAGGGGACGCUGUGAUUGUUCACGUAAUCAACAAGUCACCCUACAAUAUCACUAUUCAUUGGCAUGGAGUAUUCCAGCUCUUUAGUGCAUGGGCAGAUGGUCCUGAAUAUAUAACCCAAUGCAAUAUUCGUCCCCAAAAGAGUUACACUUAUAAAUUCAAUGUGAUACAACAAGAAGGGACAUUGUGGUGGCAUGCACACUCAGGAGUUUUACGUGCCACGGUUCAUGGUGCUUUUAUCAUUCACCCUCGUUCGGGUCUGUUUCCUUUUCCUAAACCCUACAAGCAAGUACCAAUAAUAUUAGGUGAUUGGUAUGACGGUAAUGUUGUGGAUAUUUAUCAGCAAGUACUGCUUCUCGGGGAUGUAAGACCAUCUGCUGCCUACACCAUCAAUGGUUUGCCUGGUGAUCUCUACAAUUGCUCUAGAAAUCAGAUGUUCAAGCUAAAGGUAAGGCCAGGGAAGACCUACUUGCUAAGAAUGAUCAACGCUGCAUUCAAUAAUAACCUUUUCGUCAAGAUAGCCAACCACAGCUUCACAGUCGUUGCCAUGGACGCUUCCUACAUCGAACCCUAUGCAACCGACAUCAUCACCAUUGCCCCUGGCCAAAGUGCUGACGUGCUCUUCAAAGCCAACCAACCCAUAGGCUCAUAUUACAUGGCAGCCUCUCCUUACGUUGUGGGCCAGCCAGAAGUGCUAUUCGACACCACGACAACUCGCGGCAUUGUCGUUUACGAAGGCUACAAGACAUCAUCAAAAAAUUAUUCAAAGCCCAUUGUGCCAAUACUCCCACACUUCAACGACACCCCAAUUGCUCACAAAUUUUUUAGCAACAUCACGAGCUUGAUGGGGGCCCCACAUUGGGUCCCGGUCCCACUUGAGGUGGAUGAGCACAUGUUCAUCACCAUUAACAUAAACCUUGAAAGGUGUCCCAAGAAUGGCACGUGUCAAGGUGUGUUUGGACAGAAAUUCUCCGCAAGCAUGAACAACGAAUCAUUUGUGCACCCCGUUGGAAAAGGAUACUCUAUGUUGGAAGCAUCGUUUUACAAUGUGAGUGGUGUGUAUACUACUGAUUUCCCUGACAAGCCUCCAAUCAUAUUCGAUUUCACGGACCCCAAAAUUGCUUUGGAUACCAAGUAUUUGUUUACGCCGCCAAAAUCGACCAAGGUGAAGAAACUCAAGUUCAAUUCCACCGUGGAGGUUGUGUUUCAAAAUACCCAAAUUAUGAACGCGCAAAGCCACCCCAUGCACCUUCAUGGUUUUAGUUUCCAUGUUUUGGCUCAAGAUUUUGGGAAUUUCGAUUACACCAAAGAUAAACACAAGUUUAAUUUGGUGAACCCAAUAUUUCGCAACACGAUUGCUGUGCCAGCGGGAGGAUGGGCUGUUAUCAGAUUCCAAGCAAACAAUCCAGGGAUGUGGUUUGUGCAUUGCCAUGUGGAUGAUCAUCAGCUAUGGGGACUAGACAUGGUUUUCGAGGUUGAAAAUGGACCAACUCCUUCAACUUCUCUACCUCCACCACCUGCUGAUCUACCUAAAUGUUAGCUAUAUAUAUGUGCCUGCAGAAUGCAAUCACAAAUCACAAGUCAAUACCAAUUUCCUCCUCCUUUUCUUUUUUCAAUGCACUUAAUAAGCCAAUUUUUUUUAAUUUCAAGCAGUAAAUAAUAGCUUCACUUAAACACAACAUCAAGCAAGAUAAGUAAACCAGAAUUAUUUGUAGAAUCUUGCUAUAAUUAAUUAAUAAAAGUACCUUACUGCUAAGCUUACUCUCUCAUCUCUACCAACUCUCCUCCUUGUACUACUAUUUGUUUUUAUUUAAUAAUAAUAAUAAUUUCAUCUA